CUUGUAUCCUCCUCCCCAACUAACUCGGCGCUCGCCGUCUCCUUCCUCCCUCCUCAAAACCCUAAUUCCGACCGAUCCCCAUCCCCAUCCCCAUCCCCCCCACCAGAAUUCCCCCCCUCCCUGCACAAGCGGAGUUAUGCGGGAUUGAUCCCUCGGCGCUGGGAGAUCCCACCACCAACCUCCGAAUCCGAUCCGUCUCGUCCCGAUGACCCAGUCGCCGCCGCCGGACUCCGCCGCCGCGGUGCCCCUCGCCCCGGGCUUCCGCUUCCACCCCACCGACGAGGAGCUCGUCUCCUACUACCUCCGCCGCCGCAUCCAGGGCCGCCGCCUCCGGAUCGACGCCAUCGCCGAGGUCGACCUCUACCGCCUCGAGCCAUGGGACCUCCCCUCCCUCUCCCGCAUCCGGAGCCGCGACGCGCAGUGGUACUUCUUCGCGCGCCUCGACCGCAAGGUCACCGGCGCCGGCGCCGGGGGCAGGGGCGGCCCCGGGAACAGGACCAACCGCGCGACGCCACGUGGCUACUGGAAGACCACGGGGAAGGACCGCGACGUCCACCACCGCGGGAAGCUAGUCGGGAUGAAGAAGACGCUCGUCUUCCACUCCGGGAGGGCGCCCAAGGGCCAGAGGACCAACUGGGUCAUGCACGAGUACCGCCUCAUCGACGCCGACGGCGGCGUCCCCCAGGAUCUGUAUGUGGUGUGCAGAAUCUUCCAGAAAACUGGAUCUGGGCCACAGAAUGGAGCACAGUAUGGUGCCCCGUACUUGGAGGAAGAUUGGGAAGAGGAGGACGAUGCAAUUGAGAAUGCACCUGCCAGUGGCACAUCCACAGAAAUUGCUGCAGCCGCAGAUAUUGCAGACGAGGAGUCAAAUGAGGAAGACGGCAAUUUCUCAUUUAAAACUAAUAAUGAGCCUUUGCACACCCAAGAAUGCCCGCCAGAGAUCGCUCCUUUGAAAGCUCAAGAUUCAAAAGAGACAAAUGGUGGUGGUAACAGCUGUGAUGUUUUCUCUCUAGACGAGAUCUUGCAGGAACCUGAAAAUGUCUGCAAAAAUGAAGAGCAAAAUGCCAUUGAUGAUAACUUCACUAUCGCAGAGUUGGGAUACCCUAGGCAAGAUGAUGGUUAUGUAGGCGAGAAUGGUCCUGUGAAUUGGAUUGGCCCUUCAAAUGGUGAUACUGCAAACUGGCCUUUGAGAGCAUAUAGUACUCAGAACCAUGUCAAUGGGACACUUAGUGCUGAUGGUUUCUUUGACACGGGGAAUGACACCAUAUCAUAUUCAGGACAGCAACAAAUUUGUCCUUCAGAUAACCAGAACCUGUAUUUGCAAGAUGAUGGCUUGGGAACUUCUCAUCAAGUGGACGAUAACAUGCCAUUUUAUGAUGCAUCAUCUAAUCACAAAUGGGUAGAUGGAAAGGAUGAUUAUGUGAAUUUGAAUGACCUUCUCUACCCGCCAGUAGAAAAUCAGUCACUCUUUGAUAUUGGGGAUGAUCUGAUGGCUUAUUUUGAUGCCACAGAGGAUGAUUUCAAGUUUGAUAUUAUGGGCACAGAAGGUUCUAGUUCUCAACUUCCAGACAUGUCGAACGACUUUGUCCAAAGGGAUGAUAACAACAAUAAGUUUACAUUGGAUGGGAUCCCUGAUACUAUUUAUGGUGCUUCUUCAUCUGGAUCCCAUGGGAAGUAUACAGACACUGCAGUACCAGAUAUGCCGAUGGAUGACACUGUUGACAAAGGUUUUGGAAAGCGCCUUGCGAGCAUGCUGGGUUCCAUUCCAGCCCCACCUGCAAUGGCUUCAGAGCUCCCACCAAGCACAGGAAAAUCUGUUGGCCCACUUAGUGCAGUCAACCCGAAUAGCUCAAUCCGUGUCACUGCUGGCAUUAUCCAGCUCGGUAGUCUCACUUUUACUGGUAGCACCGAGCGCUUGCAGAAGAAUGGAGAUUUCAAUUUGGUGCUCUCGUUCACUGUCGAGGGCGAUGUCUCAACAAAGUCCAUCGAUUUUGAGCCAGAUAGGCAGAUGAGUACCACGCCAAUGGUGUUCCGCAGUGGAAUGUAUCUUUUCUUUGUUUCGGCAAUGAUUCUCAUGUUGAGCUACAAAGUUGGGCUGUGCAUCUACAGCAGGUAAGUUGGUUUUUGUUGCCCCCUGGCUCUGUUAAACUGAAGGAAUCAUAGAGAGUUCCCUCGACUUGGAGGGAACUGCGAUUUGGACAGUUGGUUCUUUACAUUAUUAGCUGGUAUACCGUUCUGACUUUGUCGAAAGAUACAUAGCAAUAAACUCUUGGAGAAACUAGUGACACGAAUUUGGUGCUGAAACUCUCUUGUGGCAUGUACUGUAUAUUUUCUUUAUUUAUUUCACCCAACUCUGGGAGGGUGUAAUUCUGACCCGAUCGAUGUAAGCAUGAUCUGAACCCGAAUGCGCGCUCUCCAUUUUACAUAUCCAAAGGACCGAGAGGCUCUGUUUGCAGUUGAAGUUGAUCGAUUUUCUCA